CAGCAGAACUACGCGAAAACGGUGUAAACUAAUAAUUGCCUUCAAUUUGAAACGGUACACGUGGAAAGGCAAAUGAUAAUCUUAGAAAAUGCCCGGUGAUGCUGAUAAUGGUAAAAAAAUUUUCAUGCAGAAAUGUUCUGUGUGUCAUACAGCCGAACCGGGUGGCAAACACAAGGUUGGUCCCAAUUUGAGUGGUCUCAUUGGACGUAAAAGUGGCACUGCUCCGGGUUACAAUUAUUCUGAUGCGAAUAAAAGCAAAGGUGUCGUUUGGACCGAAGAUGCACUUUUUGAAUAUUUAGAAAAUCCCAAAAAGUAUAUACCUGGCACUAAAAUGGUGUUUGCCGGAUUAAAAAAAGAAAGUGAACGCCACGACAUAAUAGCUUAUCUAAGUUCUAAAUAAAAUCUUUCAAAAAAUUUUCAAUAAAAAAACAGCGGGGUUUUAUUGAACAUAAAACGAUUCGUUGGGACAAAUUUUUUAAUGCUACGGAG